GGGCGGCCCGGGGCCUGGCGGGCUCUGCGGCUCGUUAGCCGAGGCCCCGCCUUUACCGGCGUUCUGCGUGAUUUGCGUCCGGCAAAUCCCAAUGGAGCGCGACUUGUCCCCUCUGGAGCGGGCGCCGGGUGCAGCGCGGGGCACACAGAAGGCGCUCAAUAAGUGCUGAGUGAAAGGAUGAAUGAAUGAGCCCGUGCCCUCUGCCCAGCCCCAUCAGCCCCCGGUUUGAGGGCGUCCGGGCCAGUCUCACCCCCACGCUACGGACUGGGCCAUCCCGACAGUCGGCAGGGCGAAAUGUGCUUCACUUUGGUUCAUUGAGUCCCAUAAAGGGGUCCACAUGCUUCAGCUCGUACGUUUGUCCAGCCAGCGGUUACUGAGCAUCUGUUCUGCGCCAGGCCUUGCGUGGCUGGACUGAGGCAUGAGCCCCCGGCUGUGCGGCUGGGCCCCAUAACGCGUCCUAGGACGGGAGUGUGUGCCCACACAUGGUUUGGCCCUGCAGUGACCGGUGACCGGAGCAGCCCGGGCCGCCACCAUGAUGAAGUUGUUGGUGGCCAAGAUCCUUUGCAUGGUGGGCGUGUUCUUCUUCAUGCUGCUGGGCUCCCUGCUCCCCGUGAAGAUCAUCGAGACGGACUUUGAGAAGGCCCAUCGCUCGAAAAAGAUUCUCUCGCUCUGCAACACCUUUGGAGGUGGUGUCUUUCUGGCCACGUGCUUCAAUGCUUUACUGCCGGCCGUGAGGGAAAAGCUUCAGAAAGUCCUGAGUCUCGGGCACAUCAGCACCGACUACCCCCUGGCCGAGACCAUCAUGCUGCUGGGCUUCUUCAUGACCGUCUUCCUGGAGCAGCUCGUCCUGACCUUCCGCAAGGAGAGGCCGGCCUUCAUCGACCUGGAGACGUUCAACGCCAGCUCGGACGCGGGCAGCGACUCGGAGUACGAGAGCCCCUUCAUGGGCGGCGCGCGGGGCCACGCGCUCUACGGGGAGCCGCACGCGCACAGCCACGCGCUGAGCGUCCAGGAGCUGUCGCGCUCCAGCCCGCUGCGGCUCCUCAGCCUGGUCUUCGCGCUGUCGGCCCACUCGGUGUUCGAGGGCCUGGCCCUGGGCCUGCAGGAGGAGGGGGAGAAGGUGGUGAGCCUGUUCGUGGGGGUGGCCAUCCACGAGACGCUGGUGGCCGUGGCCCUGGGCAUCAGCAUGGCCAGGAGCGCCAUGGCCCUGAGGGACGCGGCCAAGCUGGCCGUCACCGUGAGCGCCAUGAUCCCCCUGGGCAUCGGCCUGGGCCUGGGCAUCGAGAGCGCCCAGGGCGUGCCCAGCAGCGUGGCCUCCGUGCUGCUGCAGGGCCUGGCGGGCGGCACGUUCCUCUUCGUCACCUUCUUCGAGAUCCUGGCCAAGGAGCUGGAGGAGAAGAGCGACCGGCUCCUCAAGGUCCUCUUCCUGGUGCUGGGCUACGCCGUCCUGGCGGGCAUGGUCUUCCUCAAGUGGUGACCGGCCUCGCCUGCUGCCCGCUCCGCCCCCACCCGCCGGAGCCCCGCCCCCAGGGGCCAAGCUCCGCCCCUGGGCCGUGCCUGCGCACACAGGCGCCUCCCGGACCGCACGGCGCCCCAGAUCCUGCAUCCCGAGCCUUGGGGCACAGCUCCUACUUUUACAGAUUCUUCUCUUAAAAAUAUU